AUGACACUGCCACCCAGGUGUCGCACUGAAAUCCCGGGCAACGGCUUCCCGGGCUACAGCGGCAAGUCCUCCGACCUGGCGUGGCCAGGUGGCAAGCAGCCCUACAACUUGGAAUGUUGGCCCAAACGCUGGGAUGGUGCACCUUUGGCCUGCACUGAGAUCAAUGUCCUAGAAGACACUACGGAUGGCUGGCCUGGAAAAUGCAGAGGUCUUGUAGAAAUCAAGGGUGUGAACGGCACAGAUUGUGGCCAGGGCUCUCAGUGCGAAGGAAUCAUUCCCGACUGCUUCGUGCGCAGCAACUUUGUGCCUCGUUCGGCGCAGCGACUGCAGCAUGGCUCCAUCCGUGUCCUGAAGGAUCUCACGGGGUAUCAGAUCAAAGGCUUAACCAAGGGCUUUGACAACGCCGAAGGCUUCUUUCAGAAACAGGAAGAUGCCAUCGUCUUUUGCAAAAACAUGUGCUACUCUGAUAUCAGAUGUCAGUACUGGCUCUACGCUCCCAACUAUGGCUGCUAUUUGGAAGAUGCCUCGCAGGAGGAUGGGCCACCCUAUCCAUUGACCGUGCACAGCGCCAUGAGAGAUACGGGAUAUGCCAAGGACUGUGUAGCUGGUGAGUACAUUCAGCACUACUGCCCCGCCGAAAGCGUGAGCCGUGUGCGCCAGAUGCCGCUUCCCAUCCUGGCAGAUUGUGCGGAGCGUGGCUAUCGAUACGAGCCACCCUCAAUGUUCCUGUCACACAGGUCGGUAGAGCCCAACUGGGAGGCGUGCCGCUCGCGCUGCAAGCUCACCGUGUACUGCAACUAUUUCGCAUUUUGGCCUGAUGGUGGUUGCUUAGUCGCGGGGACCGACUCCCAACGAGUGGUGGCUGAAAGCUAUGAGGUGAUUUCAGGACGCCAUGGCUGGCCAUGGCUGGCCUGCAUUCAAACAAGGGCAGGAGGCGGAUUAUCAUUGAGGCCAAAAUGGAUAUAUGAGAAUAUAUGA